AUGGCAAGCAUGAGAAGGAGGGUGGAGGGAAGUGCAGCUGUCCCAGCCAGUGUGCGAUUUGCAGACGUCCCACGGCUCAACCCAAACCGAAAGGCACAAGAAUUCUUCAGUCAGCUCCCAACCAAUGGCAUCAGCGUCAAGGCACCCACACAGAGAGGAUUGAUGAACAAUGCACUCGUUUUUUUGCCUUUGAUUACCUGGGCAUUCCUGCAGGGUGUCACUCUGCCUCACGAAUUCCCAGAUGACAGUGUCCCUGGCUUCCCGAUUGCAGUUGGCGUUUUUUGGACACUGUAUUCCUUCAGGGAACAUCGACGCAUGAGUAUGGGCAGUGCUUUGGGCUACACCUUUGCCAGUUUUCUAGCUGGCGCCCUAGCUGGAGACUUCGUCGAGUCUAUGGUCAGGGUGGAUCUGCAUCCCCUGGGGGCGAUGCAUUCCCCAGCCACAGUCGUUGGCGAAUUCACUCUGAUGAGCCUAUGGGCUACCGCAACAUUGAUGGCGUGA